GUACCUCGAGACUACCCGUCCACUUUUUUCCGAAACUUGUUUUAGGUACAUAUUAUCAAAUUGGCCAACACGUGAAGAAAAUGAAUCUAGUUGACCUUAGAGCAGCAAGUGUCACCAGACAGGUGCUGUAUGUUGCACGGUCAGAUAUGGAUAGAAGAGAGGCGCUGCGGGACGCUGCAAAGGAAGGAGAUACAGACAGAGUGAAGCAGCUGUUAGCGGAGGGAGUCAACCCUAAUGCUGCUAAUAGCAUGCCAUUGCAAUGGACUCCCCUGCACCUGGCAGCCAAGAAUGGCCACCAUGAAACUGUAACAGCUUUACUGACAGCUGAUGCGGAUGUGAAUGCACGGGACGAUGAGGAAUGGACUGCUCUGCACCUGGCCGCCCUUAAGGGCCACCAUGAAACUGUAACAGCUUUACUGACAGCAGCCGCAGAUGUGAACGCACGAAACGAUAAGGAAUGGACUGCUCUGCACCUGGCCGCCUUUAAGGGCCACCAUGAAACUGUAACAGCUUUACUGACAGCUGGUGCGGAAGUGAACGCACGAAACGAUAAGCAAAGGACUCCUUUGCAUCAGGCAGCCCAGAAUGGCCACCAUAAAACUGUAUCAGCUUUACUAGUGACAGCUGGUGCAGAUGUGAACCCACGGAACAAUGAGCAAAUCACGCCCCUGCACAUGGCAGCCCAUAAGGGACAUCAUGAAACUGUAUCAGCUUUACUGACAGCUGGUGCAGAUGUGAACGCACAGGACGAUGAGCAAAAAACUCCUUUGUGCCGGGCAGCUGAGAAUGACCACCAUGAAACUGUAACAGUUUUACUGACAGCUGGUGCAGAGGUGAACGCACAGAGAAACACUUUCCUGAAUCUGGGAGAAACGAAUGUGCACCAUGAAACUGCAUCGAUUCUAGUGACAGUUGGUGCAGACUUAGCAUUGGAGGGCAAUCGGGAAAGCACCUCCCACAAUGAAGAAUCUGAAAGUGGCCAGCUUGAGCUGCCGCUACACGGACGGGAAGACACCGGGGCCGGUAACGAGCAUAAUGAAAUGUUGGAGGAUGUGACUGCAUACACAGAUGAUGCUAGCAGUGACUCUGAUUCUCAUAAUGGAAACGGGAAAGAAGAAUUCACUGAUAAAGCAUUGAGACCACAGAAGGAGUACGACCCCGUUCUUGUCCGGUUCUAUGAGGAAAGAGGAAUGACUGUUGCGAAGACGAACUGCCCAGUGAUACAGGAAGCAGCGAAAGAGAGCGGAAAAACUGUAAACCAAGUCAAGAACUUCAUCGGUAACUACCGUAAGAGUAAAGGCGGCAGUAAGAAGAGACCGCCGCCAGACACGAUGGAGAGGCAGAGGAGGAUCACGGGAUAUCACGAGUUCCACAGGGAACAGCUACCAAGGAAAAGGGCGAACCAAGGAUUCUCCCUUGCCGGUGCCAAUAAGGAAAUCGGCGAGAGCUGGAAGAACCUGACUGACGAGGAAAAGGAUAAAUACAACAAAGCAGCAGAGAGGAGAAGGGGCAAAGAGACGGAAGUCAAGAUUUCGUCAGAAGUGGCGAAAAAGCUGAAACAACUCGAAAAACUGUCCGAGGAGCUUGGCGAACUUGGUGUGGAGGCAUUUAUGGUUACUCUCUACAAUGGAAGGAUUCGAGCGUUCGGGUCCCAGAAGGAUCUGGUAAAGGACGAGAAGUUCGGGGGCUACAUCGAGAAUCAGCUGAAAGCAGCAGAACAUCAGCGGAAAGCAGCACAAUGUUUAGCAACGGACAGAAGCCGAAGGAGUUCGGGCAGAGAUGGCACCACUGGAACGACUGGAGAGGGCCAUGACGUAACCGGGAGGUCCGGGAGCAGCACCAGUUCAGUAAGGAAGAGGAGAAAGAAGAACAAAGAGGCACAGCAGGACAACCAGCAACAUCGUAGUUCUGCUGCCUCUUUACCGUCGUCAUCUUCAACACAACAAGAGUCAGCAGUCACAACAGGACUGCUACCCAGAACAACAGACAUACCACAAAACACAGGGACUCCUGUACAUGUGGUAUUACCAAACAGGGCAACGUCUACCCCUGCCCGCCCAAACACAGGGAAUCUUGAACUUCUGGCACAGCAGUCAGCAACACUCACAGAUCCACACAACUCUAUUCCUGCAUUACCACACAACACAGGGACUCCUGUACAGCUAGCACCACAAGCAACUCCAACAGAAUCACAGACAGAUUUUCGCUACUUGUACAGAUCCAACAUACCUCUUGAACGUCUGGUACCGCAAACAACUCAAACAGCAUUUGCUGUUCGUCAAGUGCCGACAGGUGUGGACAAUUUUAAUUCCUAUGGACUUCCCGACAGAACAGCAUCACUGAACCUACCUGCUGCCCUGCCAACAUUUCAAAUGCAAGGAACACCAGUCGUGACAACAGGAGGACUCCCCCACACGGCACCACAGACCCCCACAGCAGCCAGCUUAGGGACUUCUGUACCAUCCCAGGUGACUCCAACGGUUCGUCAGGCACCUACAGGGGUCAGGACCACAAACGAACAGUUUCCCCACAGUCCGUUAGUAUUUGCAGUGCCCCAUCAUCGCUAGAUACAAGCAGAUAUCUCAAUACAUGUACAGGCCAUUAUGGAAGUUGUUGUUCAGUAAACAUGUUGUAAUAUGCUCUAUCACAUAAAUUGCAUAUACAUAACAAUGUAUCCAAAAGCAUGGAUCAAAAUGUGUAUCUAGAUAAGGCCUUAUGAGAGUAAGACGACAGCAUUCAGGUGCAGUACACCGGUACCUGACCCCUUUGUUUACUACCUGUGUGACCUCGGGCACCUGCCUCUGACGUCACUGGUCGCUAGGAUACCAGGUCAGGGUGGGGCACGUCGUACGUGUCAGUAGAAAGUGAAAGAGUUUCUGUGGCAUUUUGGGAAUUUCCUGCGCCGAAAAUGGGACAUUUUGUACGCGCUAAACUAUUGACACUGUGGUAGAAGUGGCGAAGAAGCCGACUGUUGGAACAGGGUACAGUGGAGAGGGUUUGAUUUACUCUGUGGACCAGUUCUGUUCAACACCCUGCCUCGGAAGGGAACCAUUCAAGCGGCCAUGUUGGUAUGGACAGAAGUACGAUGGAUAUAUUAUAUUGGUGAACAUGAACGACAUACCUAUGGCUAAACAGACUAUUUAGGACUUAAAGCUCAGUUUGGGAAUGAUAAGGAUGCUUUAUUUUCUGGAUCUGCAGAUUGCAUAGAAAAUAGGUGAGUAACCAUAGUGUUACACGUAUGUUUGUAAUGUAAUGUAAGUUAUCCAUGUAAAGUAACGUUAGUUGCUUCCAGUAAAGACAAAGUAGAUUUGAAGGGAUCUUUUGUUCUUUAGUGUUUUUGAUUUGUAACGAGUAAUCAACACCAGGAGUGUGAGGUUGCUUCAUGACAUGCAGGUUCUAACUUUUGUGAAUGACCAAAUGUUGAUUCACAGUACUAUUUUGAUAUUCUUUUCCUAUUGUACAAUACUUUGAUCUGCAAUAAACUAGAUGGCUAUACAA